AUGUGUAUUGGAUGGCAUUCCUCAAGAGCGAUUCUUGUUUGUGACAUUAUUUCAAGUUUAGAAUGUGGUUCAAAGCUGGUGAGCCAGAGCUACAAUGGUGCUGCCGUAACGGCUAGCCAUUUAGGAGGCCUUCAAGCUAAAGUGAAAGAGAAGUUUAAACAUGCAAUUUUGGUUCAUUGUAUAGCACAUAGACUUAAUUUGGCUUUAUCGCGAAGCAUGGAAAAUAUUAAAGAUUCCAAAGUUUUCUUUUCAACGCAUAGUGGUUUGGCUUCCUUCUUUUUAAAGUCAUCGAAAAGAUCUCGCGCUUUGGGCAUUCACAUUCAAAAAGGUUUCCAAAAGUUGCUCCGAUGCGAUAAAACUACAAUGAACGUUUAG